AUGUGGCUAAUUCAGCACCGCAUUACGAAGCCAGGGAAUUUCUCGUUUCGAAGCUCUUCUCGGUCUUCUAUGGCCGUUCGGCAGAAAGCAGCGCUGAUCUUGACAACGCCGUAUCCGGGCCGGCGCUGGGGUGAGGUUGACUCCCAUUGGCAUUUCGGAAGUAUUUGCGCCCAGUACUUGUACGCCUUCCUUUUCGGCCUCCUAAGUAGCAACGGCUCUCGUACCUACCAGACUUCUGCCUGGGUGUUUAGAGUCCUCAACCGGGUAGAUCCAAAGCGACUAAAGGUUGCAAUUCACCAGGGCAUCAAUCACUGA